AACUCUACUUCACUCCCUUCCUCAACUCAAUAUCACUACACAAUGGCACUUCUUAGACUCUUCUUCCUCUCUCUUCUCACUAUAGUCAUGACCCUGGGUUCAGAUAUCCCUCCUUUGUCCCUCAAGCCCUCAUCUUUGGUGGAAGGCCCUCUCUUGAAGUUGGCAUACCACAAGGGACCCCUCCUCACUGGGGACAUAAACCUCUAUCUCUUGUGGUAUGGCCAGUUCCCACUCUCUCAAAAAUCCAUCAUCUUGGACUUCUUAGCCUCUCUUUCUUGCGAAACCCCGAAUCCUCGGACUAACGCUUCGGUGCACUCGUGGUGGGCCACGCUAAGUUCCUACGAAGACUCUUUGGGCCACGGAAUUCGCGGUUGCUUAACUGUUGUGAAGCAAGCGUACGAUGAGGCAUACACGCUGGGGAAGACGGUGAGGAGGAUCGACCUAAAGGCCAUUGUUCUAGGAGCAAUUGCUAAGGGUACCUUCCCCUUAGACCCCAACAAAGGUAUAUACAUAGUGUUAAGCUCUAGAGACAUCGGUGUGGAGAGAUUUUGCCUGAGUUCGUGUGGAUUUCACGAGCCUUUGACGAGAACUAAGAGAGCGGAGGAGGCGAUCGUAAUGGGAUGGGUCGGGGAUUCGAGUACCCAAUGUCCAGGCGAGUGUGCAUGGCCUCUAGCUAAGGCACAGUAUGGACCACACAUGGAGCCCCUUAAAGCACCCAAUGGUGACAUAGGGGGAGAUGGGAUGGUUAUGAACUUGGGUGUUAUUUUGGCUGGAGCAUUAAGCAACCCCUAUGGCUCAGGAUACUUUCAAGGCAAUGCAUUGGCUCCAUUAGAGGCUGGGAGUGCUUGUGCUGGUGUCUUUGGAUUGGGGGCUUACCCUGGUUAUCCUGGUGUGCUUCUUAAGCAUCCCAAGACUGGAGCUAGUUUCAAUGCUUAUGGUGUUAGGAAUAGGACUUUCAUAUUGCCCGCCCUAUGGGACCCCAAAACCCUUUCAUGCAAAACCCCUUUAGCCUAGUAGUCUUUUAUUGUAGGCAUGGAUGGGAAGAAUAGUGCAUAAAUAGAUAGAUGAUGAAAGGUGGUUUGCUUUAAUGUUUCUUCUUUGUAAUGAGAUGGAAAAUGCAUAAAACCAUGAGUUAUCCUACAAGUAUUAGUUACAUAAUAAAUGCUAAUUUGUGGUCUAUUAUUAUUAUGUAUUGUAAAAAUGACCAAAAUAUUAUUCCCAAUCUUUUUAA